AAAUUGAAUCUUGGAAUGGAAGACCCAACUGUUUUAGCUAAAGUUGCAACACCCCCAACUGAGGAAUUGCUGAAGAAGAUCCAAGAAUUGGAGGCAGGUCAUGCUCAGUUGAAGCAGGAGAUGUCUAAGCUUAUGGUUUCAAAUGAUAGUACAUCACAAAGGCAAAGGUCUCAUUCUAUAUCCCCACAACGCCCACCUCGGCUUAGGGGUUCUAAUGACCCAUUAGGGAAAAAGGUCUCUACUUCCUUCCGACAUUCAUCACCCUUGCAAAGAGAGAGCAGUAGUAAAACUGAGCGUUGUAGCAGCAGCAGCGGGGGCGUCAAGUUUACUGAUAAACAGUAUUUGAGCAUAUUGCAAUCAAUGGGCCAAGCUGUGCAUAUAUUUGAUCUCAAUUAUCGAUUAAUUUACUGGAAUCGAAGUGCUGAGCAAUUAUAUGGUUAUUCAGCUGCCGAAGCUAUUGGGCAGGAUCUUCUUGAGCUGAUAACAGAUCCUAAGGAUCAUGCUGUGGCUAAAAUCAUUAUACACAGAGUGAAAAUGGGUGAGAAUUGGACUGGACAAUUUCCUGUAAAGAAUAAGCAGGGGGACAGGUUUUUAGUGGUAGCAACAGAUACCCCACUUUAUGAUGAUGAUGGUACAUUUGUUGGUAUUAUUUGCGUGUCAACUGAUGCGAGGCCUUUUCAUGAAUCAUCUGCUGAUGUGAAGCAUACAGAAGCUGAUAAAAGUUCUGGCAGGCCUAGAAGCAUUGCUAAUGCAACCCUUGGACUUGAUCCACAGCAACCUCUGCAAGCUGCCAUUGCCUCCAAAAUUUCGAAUUUGGCUACAAAGAUGAGCAACAAGGUUAAGUCAAAAAUGAAAACUGGAGAGGGAAGCAUCCUUCGGGAAGGUGGAAGUGGAGAUAGUCACCAUUCUGAUCAUGCCUUUUCUGACGCUGCUCUAUUGGAUCAAAGGGAAGAUGCAAAUUCAAGUGGAGCAAGUACACCCAGGGGAGAUGUUCACUUUUCUCCAUUUGGGGUAUUUACUAAUGUUGCAAAAGAGGAGCACACUCCAGAAAAAUCCUCAAGAGAUUCUGGAGAUGAGAGUGAGGGAAAACCUGGGAUUUCUAAGAUUAUAACCUCAAAGGCAGAGGCGUGGAUGGUUAAGAAGAAUUUAUCAUGGCCAUGGAAAGGCAAUGAGCGAGAAGUAUCAGAGGCAAAGGCUACACGAUUUGUUUGGCCCUGGCUAAACAAUGACCAAGAUAAUGAGUGGAAUCAUUUCAAGAGUUCUAAUGCAGUAUCAACACCAGAUGAUCAGAUUAUGGAAAGUAACCGUACAGCUACCAAUGAGGCUUGGGGAUCCUGGUCAUCAUCAUUUAAUGUUAAUAGCACAAGCAGUGCUAGUAGUACAGAUAGCACUACUAGUACUGCUGUUAAUAAAGUGGAUGCUGAUACUGACUGCUUGGAUUAUGAAAUUUUGUGGGAGGAUAUGACAAUCGGAGAACAAAUUGGGCAAGGUUCUUGUGGAACUGUUUAUCAUGGGCUGUGGUUUGGAUCAGAUGUUGCGGUUAAAGUAUUUUCCAAGCAAGAAUAUUCGGAUGAUGUCAUAUAUUCCUUCAGACAGGAGGUGUCACUGAUGAAACGCCUCCGACAUCCAAAUAUUCUUCUUUUCAUGGGUGCGGUAACUUCACCCCAACGCCUCUGUAUUGUGACAGAGUUCUUGCCACGAGGAAGUUUGUUUAGGUUACUACAAAGAAAUGCAUCCAAACUAGAAUGGAGACGACGUAUUCACAUGGCUUUAGAUAUUGCUCGUGGCAUGAACUAUCUUCAUCAUUUCAACCCACCUAUAGUUCAUCGGGAUCUGAAGUCUUCAAAUCUUCUUGUGGACAAGAACUGGACCGUUAAGGUUGGGGACUUUGGUCUGUCACGUCUUAAGCACGAGACAUAUCUAACAACAAAGAAUGGGAAAGGAACGCCACAAUGGAUGGCUCCAGAAGUUCUUCGCAAUGAACCUUCAGAUGAGAAGGCUGAUAUAUACAGUUUUGGUGUUAUACUAUGGGAACUUGCCACGGAAAAGAUCCCUUGGGAUAACCUCAACUCAAUGCAGGUGAUUGGAGCUGUAGGAUUCAUGAAUCAGCGGCUAGAUAUCCCCAAGAAUGUUGAUCCACAGUGGGUUUCUAUUAUUGAGAGCUGUUGGCAUAGCGAGCCACAGCUACGCCCAACGUUCCUAGAGUUGGUAGAUAAACUCAAGGAUAUGCUGAGGCAGUAUGCCAUUCAGGCUCAGGCAGCACGUAAUGUUGCAGGAGAUAGCAGCCAGAAGGAACUAUAGAUAAAGAUGGUGUUUUGUGCUUGAAGCUUUUGUGGAGUAGCCAGAAGAUACACUGAUAACACACUGCCUUCAGUGACUGUUUGAUUGGAAGUGUCACUCAGCGGUCACAAAUUGCUUGUGUU